AUGCGUCACGUGUUGCACUGCGGAAUCUUGUGCUCAUUCUGGGCUACCGUAUCCUCGACGCCGCUAUUUUCGCUCAGCUGCCUGAUUAUGGAUUUUGCCCCGAAAUUCGCCGAAUAUUUCUGCAAUUUUGAGUGCGAGGGGAAGGGUCUCCAACACGGCGGUUACUGUAGCAAGCAAUUCGACCGGCCGCAAUGCUUCUGCCAUUACAAACCGAGAACGAUGGCCUGGGAUGUGCUUCAACACCCCGGCCGAAUCCCCGCCGCAAGCCGCUCCAUUCAGGAUCUUAAGGCGCCCUUCCGCUGGCCGGCGGUUUCUUCGGAAAAAUUCGUAAAACCGGAAAUUCCAGAAAAAUCAAAAAUUCCGGAGCAAAUCCGGAAGCCAAACUACUUCACCCGACCCCAGAAAAUCGAGGAAAAAUCGAGAGGCCGAACCGACAAUCCGGAAGACCCGGAAAGUCCGGAAACAACGACCGAAACGUACUUGGUGCGGCUAAAUAACGACGUGCCGAUGAUGCUACCGUACUCGGCGAGGAGCCGAAAAAUCGAUAAUACCAAUGCAUUACGCGAUGAAAAUACGCAGGAAUGG